AUGGGCUUUACCCCCGCUGCUUGGGACCUGUGGCCAAAAUAUAAUCUCUUAGGAAAGGCUGUCUUGGUUGGCUUCCUCUUCCUCUGUCACUUCCUCAUCGUGACGAUUCUUAUCACUGUCCUAACGAACUCGUUCAUGGCCAUCGUCCAAAACGCCAACGAGGAGCAUCAAUUCCUCUUCGCUGUCAACACUAUCUCCAUGGUCAAGUCAGACGCCUUGUUUUCAUACAUUCCGCCCACGAAUCUUNNUUUUGGCUGGGUGGCGUCGCCAUUACGCUACCUCAUCCCGUUCCGAAGAUUUGUCAGGUUCAACAGGACCAUCAUUAAGAUCACCCAUCUUCCGAUGCUUUUUGCAAUCUUCACCUAUGAGCGCUUAUUCCUCAUACGCAACGCGUACACCCCCAUGGAUCUUGUCGAGCGCAAGGCACCUAGGAGGGGUCGCCUCCCAGCUUUCACUCUGAAGAACACUGGGCCUUUCAGCCCCGGUACUCGUCUUCGUGAACCAUCAAUCGUGUCUUUCCACAAAGACCGGGCUUUGGAGGAGGUUUUCCGCCGACCGUUUGACAUGACGACGCGGACCAUAUCUCAGCAUUCGAACCCUGAUCAACGGAAAGCGACAGUCGUCGACAACUGGAUGCAGGAUAUGGGUGACGAGGGAGGUGCGAGUCCUCCGAUGGAGCAGCCUCGCUCUGUUCUUGAGAGACUAGAAAACCGCAGACCAGGCAUACGACGCGCCCACACCUCAGCUAAUAGACUUACUACGGUCAAGCGCGACUUCUCCACAGCUUCCAGAUCUGUCUUGUCUGAUCCUGAAGAUCUUGCUGCUACGAUCUUCCCGAGACCUACACCAAUGCGUAUCGAGGAAGAGACAGACUUGGAGAUGGAGCGGGAAGACAUGCCUCAGGAAACCGAUGCAGAUGGUGAUGACGAGCUUCUGACUAACGAUGGUGAUAACAUCACGGCUACUGGCUAUGACAGAACUCCCACAGGAACUCCAGAUCUCAUUGAGAGGAAAGAUCCAUCUCCGAACAAACCUACAGUGAAAGACUACUUUGAGAGUGCAGACUUCCAGACUGCAAGUUCUGUUCCAGACGCCACCAGGGCACGACUUAUGAGUGGAGAGCACAAGCGUGCGCCCCACCAACGUAACAUAUCGCACAGUACUAUGGUCUUCUCACCUGUUGUCGAGCAAGGAUAUACAUCAUCUGCUUCUGAACAUGUACCCAAGUCAUCUCGCCCUACUACAUCCAAACAGGACAGCGGUGGCUCGACACCAUUACUUCAAUCAGCACCUCAGUCCAGCGGUCGCAAGACACCGCGUACAAGCAAUCCUAGCAAACCACGCCCAAACAUGCCCAAUCGACUUUCACAUUAUACUGCACCCAACAUACGCUUCGAUCGCUUCGGCGACUCAACACGUCGCACGAACAGACAACCGUCUUUCAACGCUCUUGCCCUUGACCUGGCAUCCGACUUUGGUGACCAUCACCGACGCGAUUUGACUCCAGAGCCCUUGUCGCCAGGUUAUCAGCCCAGUAUUCCAGCGAGCUUCAGCGAGCAAAUGCUUCGUGAGCGCGAAGUGGCUUUGGACAAAGAACGACGCCGUCAGGAGCAGAGGCGUCGUAGUCAAGAGGAGGAGAAGGGUAUGGUGGGCAGAAUCAUGCUGACACGCAUGAACACUCUCGAGGAAGGUUUCAGAGAGAUUCUUCGCGAGGUACGCGACCUCGCACAUACCUCACGAGGAACCAGUGAUGCGGGUCUGACGGGCAUGAUCAAUUCCCGGUCCUCGCUGAUAGUGCCGCCGUCCUCCGACGGUAACGCACUAUCUAGGCCCAAGACUCCUGUUAGCAGAACAGGAGGUGCAAGCGAGAGAGCCAGGAGCCCCAAGAAGGGCAAAGGCAAGAACAAGAGCAAGGGUAAAAACUCUAUCAACAGCAGCAGCGAGGCUGAUCCGAUCAGUCCUUUGACUGUUCAGGCAGGCCUCGCUCAGGCCACAAGCCCAUCGAUCGUCAAGGAACCCGAGACACCUGGCACGGUGAGGGCGUUAUCAACGCAUGCUGAAGAAGGGGGCAAUGACGAUCAGAACGACACCGAGAAGGAGUAG